GCCGCCGCCGCCGCUGCCGAUCCCGGAGCCCGGGUAGCUGCUGCUGCCGCCGCCACCGCCACCGCAGUCACUGCAACCGUCGCCGACGCCGCCUGAGGACCGGGCUUGGGAAGAAAGCAGUCACUGCGCUCAGAGCUUUGCUUGGAAGCGUCUUUACUCUCUGCAGCCCUCCCACGUCUUGUCCUAGGGAAUGACCAUGGAUAAAAGUGAGCUGGUACAGAAAGCCAAACUUGCUGAGCAGGCUGAGCGCUAUGAUGACAUGGCUGCAGCCAUGAAAGCAGUCACAGAGCAGGGGCACGAACUCUCCAAUGAAGAGAGAAACCUGCUCUCUGUUGCCUACAAGAAUGUGGUAGGCGCCCGCCGUUCUUCCUGGCGUGUCAUCUCCAGCAUUGAACAGAAAACAGAGAGGAAUGAGAAGAAGCAGCAGAUGGGCAAAGAGUACCGUGAGAAGAUCGAGGCGGAACUGCAGGACAUCUGCAAUGAUGUUCUGGAGCUGUUGGACAAAUAUCUUAUUCCCAAUGCUACACAACCAGAAAGUAAGGUGUUCUACUUGAAAAUGAAAGGAGAUUAUUUUAGGUAUCUUUCUGAGGUGGCAUCUGGAGACAAUAAGCAAACCACUGUGUCGAAUUCCCAGCAGGCUUACCAGGAAGCAUUUGAAAUUAGUAAGAAAGAAAUGCAACCUACACACCCGAUUCGACUUGGUCUGGCGCUUAAUUUCUCCGUCUUCUACUAUGAGAUUCUAAACUCCCCUGAAAAGGCCUGCAGCCUGGCAAAAACGGCGUUUGAUGAAGCGAUUGCUGAGUUGGAUACACUGAAUGAAGAGUCUUAUAAAGAUAGCACCCUGAUCAUGCAGUUGCUUAGGGACAAUCUCACACUGUGGACAUCGGAAAACCAGGGAGAUGAAGGAGAUGCUGGGGAGGGAGAGAACUAAUGUCUGUUGUGCUUCGUGAUCUGUUCAGUGUCACUCUGUACCCUCCACAUAUAUCCCUUUGUGCGAUAAAAAAAAAAAGAAAAUCGUACAUUGACUUCCGAUUUUUCACAGUCUCAGCCUAGCAAAAGUGGUUCAUGGGGUAAACAGCUGGUAUUUGUAUCUAAAACUCAGAUUGGUCAUAUAAAUGCCACGGCAUUCUGAAGUUUUGAUUUUGAUUAACAUUGACAGGAUUAUUGUGCUUAAUUUUUUUUUAAACUGAACACUGUGAUUAUGGGGUUUUGUAUCUUAACAGAACUCUUACUGGUAGAAAAAAGUAGACCUGAAUUAUGUGUAACAUUUUGGAAAGUUUAAUCUGAUAUCAAAAUAGUCACUGAAAUACAAUUCCAUUGUAAAGUUGUACAGAAAGUUAUAGAGCUUAUAUUGUGAAGCUGGGACUUGGAGUGAGACACUAUCAUUGGCAUUGGAGUUUAAUGGUGAUUCACAGUGAUUCUAUCUGGGGCCUAUAGACACUUCACUGAUUUGGGCCACUCUGAAGUUCAUGCCCACAAAUGUCCAGUAUCUUCCUCUGAGGAAGCUCAGAGCCUAAAAUUGAAAUUCUUUGUGGCAGAUAUCUGGCUUAUGACACCUUGAAAAAUUCCAGUGCUCAUAUAACACACCUGAUUGAACUCCCUUUCCUACAGCAAUAUGUUACCAAUUUGCAACUUGUACUUCAGUAGUGAAAUCUGUUUUCAUUGUUACCACUGAGCUAAAGAAAAAAAAAAGCCGUGUAUUUUAUGAAUGGCCUUAUCUGUUUCCUGGAUAAUAUUUUAAGAAUCAUGUUCUGAGUGGGUACAGUGGCAGGUGCCUAUAGUUCCAGCUGCUUGGGGGGCUGAGGCAGGAGGAGCACUUGAGCCCAGGAGAUUAAGACUAGUAUGCAAUGAUUGCACUUGUGAAUAGCCACUGCACACCAGCCUGGGAAAUACAGUGAGAGAUCUUGUCUCUAAAACUAAAAAAGAAUAAUGUUGUGUAGAAAUUGCCUUUCACUUGAGGAGUACUUAGACUUUGGGUUUUUCCUAGCUGGGGGCUUUUAAAUUUUGAAAUCUAAGCAUUCUUUCCCAUUGUUCUAUUAGACUGUUAACUUUGGUUUUCUUUUCUCUUUAAAAUUUCUGUUCUUCUGUUUCAUUACCUUCUUUUUGAAUUCUAUCUUUAUCUGUCUUUUGUUCACUUUUUUAUACUGUAUAUGGGUAGGGGUUAGAAGCUUUGGUGAGCAAGCCUUGCAUUAAACUUGAGAAGAGCUUCCAGUACCAUAGCUCUGUCUUCCUCCAGUUCUCAACAUGGUUGUUGCUCUUCAGUCAUACAAGAUCUGAAUCAAAAAAGUAUUUUUAAAUAUUCAUGAUUUCUCCCUUUAUUGCAUCCAUCCCUGACCUUGAUAAUGCUUAUUAGUAACUCUCACUGGAUCUCCCAAGUAUACUUAUCCAGCUCAGUUCUCAGAUGUUUAAACAAGACCCUAUAACGCAGGGAAGUUGCAUGGACACUGCAGUGGAGGGAAUCAAGAAUAGACAGGCCUAUCGGUCUCACAGUAUCACCUCUACCUUUCACAUUCUACAUAGCUGUAGAGUCCAUCUGUUUGUCCAUCUGCCGAAAUGAGACAAGAAAAAUUCAUGCACUGAUUUAAAACCAAAAAAAGAAAAAACAAAAAAAAAAAAUCCCUCUCUCCUUUCUAGCUGAACAAAAAUGUGCAGUUAAUACUUGGCGCUUGAAAAAUGCAGUAGUGAAUGUGGAACCAAGCCUGUCUGUGUAUCUGGUAGCUCUUUCUUGCUUUGUUUUUCCUUACCAGUAUUCUGCCUAAUGUUUGCUUCUGUGAUGGUUAUAUUGCCUAGCAAGCACACCUGUGGUUGUGAAAAAUAGUAUAGCAAAAAAGAAAAUCCCCCGGUUACUGAUGUACUAGAUUUGUGUAUGUCUUUUAAACAGUUCUAGUUUCACCUUACACGGAAUAAUCAGGAGAAGUGUAAAAAUUCAAAAGUGAAAUAAAAAAUUUUAUCAGUUA